AUGGAGGCGGCGGCCGCGGGCGGCGGGGCCGGGGGGCAGUCGGCAUCCCAGCGCCGGGCCGAGCUGCGGCGAAGGAAGCUGCUGUUGAACUCGGAGGAGCGGAUCAACCGGAUCAUGGGCUUCCACCGCCCCGCGGCCAAGGGUGAUGACACUCUCUCUGAAUCAAAACUUCAGCUUGAACUAGAGAAGUCCAACUCCCUCCCUGUCCCCUCAGUUUCAAAGCGAAUUGUGCUGGGUGAUGCUGUCUGUAGUCUGGCAGGAACAGCUGAUCAUGCAAGUGGCAUUGCGGAGCUCAAGGGAGACAAAAAGGACUUGUUCAGCAAAACUCCUGAGCUUGGUGGUGAGGGUCCCAGUGAGCUCCGGCAUCGCAGCAGAGGGGAGUUGCCACCCGAACCUGCACAGCGAGCACCACGACAUGGGUUAGAUCAGUACAUCUCGAGAUUUGAUGAAGCAAUGAAGCUAAGGAACCAGUUGAUGAGUGAGAAGCCAAGUCAAGAGAAUGGGAAUGCAGGGGAGGAGUUUGAUUCUUUUCGGAUUUUUAGACUCGUGGGCUGCGCCCUUCUUGCCAUCGGAGUCCGAGCCUUCGUGUGCAAGUAUUUGUCAAUAUUUGCUCCAUUUCUUACUCUACAACUUGCCUACAUGGGAUUGUCCAAGUAUUUUCCAAAGUGCGAGAAGAAAGUGAAAACUACGGUAUUAACUGCUGCUCUUUUAUUGUCGGGGAUCCCUGCAGAAGUGAUUAGUCGCUCCAUGGACACCUAUAGCAAAAUGGGAGAUGUCUUCACAGAUCUUUGUGUCUACUUCUUUACUUUUAUUUUCUGCCAUGAACUGCUGGUGUUUUUUGGUUCUGAUGCACCGUGAGGGCUUGUAGACCUCAAAGCAGCAGUUACACACAUUUUUUGCGUUCUGUAUUCCUGUAACAUCUGUGGAUAUGCAAACUGGCUUAGACCUUUAAUUUAAUUCUUAUCUGUUGGAAUGCUCGACAGGCAUCUUAAAGUCACUCAUUUGUGAAUGGAUAAACAGGGUUUCAGGGUGGGAGUGGUCUUAGUACAGUGUAUUCAGCUAUUGUUUCUGCACAUGGCAAAUGUGAAGAAUAGAGUGCAAGUGUCAGUGAUUGAUUUCCUUUACUUGUUUAACUAGAAGACAUCCUUCUUCCUCCACCCCUGACAUCACUUGAAUUGCUGCUCCCUUUUGGCUCAGCAGUGUGAGAGCACAAAUGUGCUUUCACGAAGCCCAUAUGUAUACACGUUGCAACUGGAUACACGUAAGGACUGCUCUUCUGGUGUUGCUUCCAUAUUUAAAAAAAUCCAUGACUAAUAUAAAAUGAAUCCUUAUAUUCAGACUCUGAAUGCUGAAUAAAAAAGCCUGAGGCUUUUGCAGUGGGGUUGCCUGACACAUGCCUCUUCAUUGUCCUGUGGCUUGGAGCUCUCAUCCUCUCUUGGUGCCAUAAAUUAUUUGUUGUGCCAGUAACAGACUUCAAGUGAGGAUUCUAGAGUGAAAAAAAUCCUGUUGGCCUACAAAUGCUAUUAAUUGUGAAGCAAGAAGGCAUGUGUGCUGCUGGUCUCAAAUGUUUCCAUGAGCUCUUUAAUCCUAGCCCUAAUUUUACCCCGGCUUUCGUGUACACCCUACUUGCGCUCUUCUUUAGACAGUUCAUUUUCUACAGUGAAAGCUGCACUCAGGCACCCCAUUCUCUCAAGCAGUUGCUUCAAUAGUCAUCAAAUAUAGCAGUUUUAUUCAACUUUUAGUUAACAAGGGAACAAUUUUUUUUCCUGGAUCUUUGCAAGGGUGCUUAAAACAAUUUUAACUGACAUCUAUAUUCUGUGUUUCUUUUCCUCUGUUUAUAGAAAAAGACAUUUGCAUGUAAACAUGGCCUUAAUUGCUUAGUUCUGCUCCCGCUGCUUAAUAGUGCUGCUGCUCAAUAGCCUAAAUCGAGCCCUUGGUUAGCAUUCAGCAGAGCUAUUUAUAUGUUAACUGACUUGCUAAUUCCUCUCUUCUACAUUUUGGUCUGAAGUCCCUCCAAAUAAGCCACAGUAGGCAUACUUAUUCAAAUCCUAAGUACGGAAACAGGCAAGGAACAAGAAUUCUUAUCACCAUGUUAUUUUGAGUUGAUUCCCAUAUGAAGAUCAAUGUGCGGGUGUGGAGGGAGGGGGUGGAAACUGACACCUUUUCUGGAGCAGAUGUAGAAGCAGCGAGGAGGGAUGGGGGGCUCCCACAGCAGAUGCCUUCUGCUCUCUAGGGGGGAGGGUAGCAGUCGUUCUGCCCCAGUCCAGGAGAAAUCUGGCCUUAGUGGGAUGGUGUAAACUGGAACGGGCUAUUUGAGGAGGGAUCUCCAUCAGCCAACCCUUCCCAUUACCCGUAUUUGGAUAUUUGCUGCUACUGUAUCUGAACCUGGUGUUAUCCUUAACCUGUUGUCUUCGGUGUAUUAUUUAUUUGAAGCAUCCAGGUGAAGUAGACUGACACCAGAUUUUCAAUUGGGAGGGGAUGCCUGGUUAUGUUGCUAACAGUUUUGCCUCCUAUUUAAUCUGGUUUUGUGUUUCUCAAGUAAACAGGACUCUACUUUCUGCUUAA